GUAGAAUCUAAAUAACGUUCUCAAAUUCAUCUGACAAUGAUUUAUCAUGGUGGUAAACCUGAAUAAAAGGCGGCAAAUACGUAUUUAUAAAAACGUACGUGACUUGAAGCAUGUUUCUUCCCAACAUUAAAAUUCAAAAGAUUUUGGUGUUAUGACUAAUUGAUAUCGUUUUUUCUUCAUUUUCAAUACAUGACUGCAUUAUAUCUACAAUGGUUAACGAGCAAUAAUUUUAUAUUUUGAAAUAGAUUAAUUAGAAUAGUGAAUCGUGUGCAGUGCCGUGUAAAAGCGUAAUAAGGAAGUCAAACCAGAAUAGAAGAUAUUCUAAAAAAAAUACGGCGUUAAAAGUAAAUAUUUAGUUUGAUUAAUAUAAAAAUAUACUUUAGAAAUAUAAGCUUUAACAUAAUUGUGAAGUAAAUACUGAAAUAAGAUCAUUCUUGUACGCCAAUGGUCGUUAAGCAGCCAUUGAUAUGACGAGAUUUGUCCGGUUAUAAGCAUGGCGGUAAGCGUGGAUAAUAACUAGUUUUGUGCGUUUUUUUCCGUCGUCCUCUCAUAAAAAAAUUGAAAGGAAUUUUUGAAAUAUGUAAAAAGUUAGCCAAAAUUGUUUUGAAAUAAUGUGAACUGUUUAGUGAAUCUAUUAAAACGUCAAAGAAAACAAGGGACGUCUUUUGAUAGUGCAAACUAUGGCGUCGAAUGAGGAUGGAGGUAAUGAUGACGAAAAUAAAGUUUAUUAUGGAAAGGAAUCUUCGUAUGAACCAUUACCUAAUUGCUCUACGUGCCCCAUGUGUUUAUUACCUUAUAAUAAGUGCUUAUGUAGUGUGACCCCUAGUAACUUCGAAGAUGACACUUUAAAUAGCAUUAACGCUACAACCGAAGAUUUUGGUUCUAUGAAAAAUGGACACGCACAAGAUGCAUUCAUAGAAAAUUUGGAUAGUUUGAGAAGAGGUUAUAACUCCAAUAAUCAGUUUUUAGUGAAUCUUCAGAAAACACCUGUAGGGUUUGAUCCGAAGAAUUUUAUAAACAGUGUUGAUAAAUAUAUCAACGAUGCACAAACAGAUCCAGUAAAAAGUGAGGCUAAGCCAAAUUGUAACGGUGAUAAAGUAUAUUUUUCAAAUUCAAUUGAAUUGAAAUCUGAUGUAUGCGUUGAUAGAAUUGAUAACAAUACAGUUGAUAAUGAUAUUAACAAUAAAGAAAACUUUAGCAAUGACAGGUGUACUAUAAAAGAAGAUCCCCAUCUGCAAGUUCACACAAACAGUAUGUCGCCCGUAAAAUCAAAGAGCAAAAAAAAUCAUUUAACUAAAACUGGCUGUGAUUUACCAAUUGGCGCUGUGAAGAGUCCAAUUAAUUGUCAUAAUGAUCCUGAAGUAAAGCAAGAGUCUACAGAUAGCACACUUCAAGCUACUACUAGUGAUAAUUUAUCUGAAUCAGAAAAAUCCAGUGUACAAGUAAAUUCAAAACCAAAGAAGCUUUGUUCCCAGUUGGUUGAUAAAUUAAACUAUGAUUUGCUUAAAGGAAAGAAAGGUAUUGCUCUUCUUACAGCUAUUGAGGACCAAUCAAAUUCUAAAAUUAAGGUAAUGGAUAGACACACGUCUAGUUCAACUGACUCCAGUAGCUGCUCUCUUAGAAAGUCAAGAACUAGAUCUGUAGAUGUCACAGUGAAACCAAAAAAGGGUCGCAAGAGGGCCCAUUCCACAGAUACCAAUGAUGUAGAGGCAAAAGUACCUAAAAUUGAUUUUAAAUGUUAUAAAACUGAUAAAAAAAGUGAGAUAUUAACACCAUCAAAAAAUGGAAAGCAUAAAGACUAUAAAUAUAGUAGACAUGAUUCAAAAAGUAAAAGUUCCUCCAAAAAAUCCUCGCAUAGUAGUAGCUCAAGAGAGAGACAUUCAAGUCAUAGAAGUGACAUUAGACCAAGACUUCUUACUAAUGGCAAUUAUAGUUACCCCCCUGAAGAUAAAUCUUUGAAAUUUAGAAAAUAUUACCACAUAGAAACCCAUACCAAUGGAGGUGCAAAAAUUCUCAGAAUGUACCAUGAUGAGAUAAAACACCUCAGUCCAAGUGACUCAAAAGAACUAGCAAAGGAAUUCUUCAAGUUAGCCUUCCAUGAAGAUAAAGACGGUUGGGCAACUUUUGUGAUAGCAGUAGUUCACGGUUCUGCUUCUUACCUUCCAGACAUUCUUACAUAUAUGGCAGAGAACUAUCCAACAUUAACUGUUAAAAACGGGUUACUUAGCAAAAGCUCGGAUAUUGAAACAACAACAUUGUCAAAUUAUCACGAAAACGUAUGUAAACAUUAUGAAGCAGGGACGGUUCGAUAUGGACCACUACACCAAAUUAGUAUUGUGGGAACUGCCCAUGAAGAAGUCGGCGGCUAUUUUCCUGAUUUGUUGGGAAUGUUAGAAGAGAAUAAUUUCCUCAAUCUGACAAUGCCUUGGGGAGCUUUAUCAAUUUGUGAUCAAAUGAAACCAACUGAAAGUAAUGAUGGACCUAUCAUUUGGUGUAGACCCGGUGAGCAACUUGUACCAACAGCCGAUUCUAAAACACCAAACAAAAGAAAAAGAACUGGUAUAAAUGAAUUAAGAAAUUUACAAUAUCUGCCGAGAAUGUCCGAAGCAAGGGAACAUUUGUUCGAGGAUAGGACAAAAGCUCAUGCUGACCAUGUGGGAGCUGGACUAGAUAGGAAAACUACAGCUGCUGUUGGAAUAUUGAAAGCUAUCCAUGGAGGGAAAAAUGAAGGUCCAAAUAACAGGGUAACAAAGGAUGUUGUAGCCUUUUCUGCUAAAUAUUUUGAUAUAUUAUCUGAAAAGUUACAACUUGAUCUUCACGAACCACCUAUUUCACAGUGUGUCACUUGGAUUGAAGAUGCAAAACUGAACCAGUUAAGAAGGGAUGGUAUAGAAUAUGCGAGGAUAAAUUUGUAUGAUAAUGAUAUAUAUUUUUUACCAAGGAACAUAAUCCAUCAGUUUAGAACAGUUACAGCUGUUACUAGCAUUGCUUGGCAUGUUCGUUUGAAACAAUAUUAUCCCAUAGAAGAGCCAGAAGUAACAGAAAAUGCCCCACCUCUUCUCUCCAAACCAGUUGAUCACAUAAAACCUGAAAAAACCCCAUUAAAAUCUUCGAAUCACCGAGAUGAGGACAAACCACCUCUAAAAAUGAAGUUGAAAUUAGAUUUAAAUAAAUACGCUGGUCCAGAAAAAGUUCGAAUCCAAGAAGAAAAAAAUAAAGAAAAGAAAUAUAAACACAAGGAUCACAAUAGAGAAAAGUCCAAGCACAAACAUAAAGACAAACACAAAGAUAAAUACAAGGAUAAAGAUAAAUAUAAGCAUCACAAUAAAGACAGAAAACAUCACAAUUCUCACAAAGAGAAAGAUUACAAACAUAGUGACAGAGAUAAAAAGCACAGUUCCCGCAAUACUAGUAAAGAGAAAAAUCAGGAUUCUAGUCAAAAAAAUCAUAUAUCAUCGAGUGAUACCAGCACUUACAAGUCUAAUUCCAGUGAGAGCCUAAAACUUACUCCAAGUGAUACCAGCACUUACAAAACUUCUUCCAGUGAUAGUUUAAAACUCACUUCAAGUGAUACCAGUAUUCUGUCGACAGAUUCUGUUACCACGCAAUCCCACGUCGAAGAAUCUACAAAAAGUGUAGCAGACUCCGCGAGUGUAUCUCCUACCAAAGUACUUGAUUCGCCUGUAAAAAAACACAAAGAAAAAUCUUUUAAAAUAAAGAUUCAGAAGCCGCAAUCCACCGACGUUUUAGGUGAUAUUUUAAAAGAUAUGAACAAGUGCGAUCCACAUAUUUAAUAUUAAGCUACAGGUCGGAGAAAAAGUGACUUUAGAAGUUUCUUCUGGAUGACACUUUUUGUUCGAACUGUAGAGGAUUUCAAUCGUGGUUCUGUCCACACAUUGGCAAUUGGGUAGUAAUUAUAUUUCUAUACUUCCUUUACAGCAGGGAGUGAAUAUAAAUAAACCACUAAUGGUUUCACUUAUCACAAAUUAUUUGAAAGAUUAACUAAAUAUGUCAAUUGUCACCAAAUGUCAAUUGUCAAAUCACUUAAUUCCGUCCCACUUAAUCAUUAGUUUUUAUAACCUACAAUUUGAUUGAAUUACUAAUUUGAAGUGGAAUACUGGGUGUUCCAAUAACUGUUUCCUAUUUCGGUGGCUCAAUUUAAUCUGUCAAUUUUAUAUUUUUACAAUCAGUAUAGCCAUUGAAAAUUUAAUUUGGAAAUAACCUGAAAUUUAUAAAAUCUCCUUAUUUUUUCUGUUAGAAUCGAAAGUUUCAUAAUGUACAAUAUUCUAGUACACUUUUUCUAAUUAAUCUAUAGAUUAUCAGAAGAAAUGUGACAGGUGACAGCUAUUAGUUUCGAUACACUGUUGUAGAGGGAGGUGUGAAAAUUUUAAUGGGGAUCAUUUUGUAUAUAUGGGAUCUUUUUCAUAAACGGUGUGGUAUGGACAUUUUCAAAUGGCGGCGAAUUUUAGAGAGUUUAUAGAAUUUGUAAAUAUGAUUUUAUUGAAAAUUUUUCUAAAAGGUAUAUUGAAACAUAUUUAUUUGUAUUUAAGUUAUAAAAUUAUUAUAUUUAAGCUAAAAUUUUAUUCAUAGUGUUCUAAGUGUGACAUAUUUUAAUACAGGAUUGCUUACUUAGAUUUAUGUCACUGUUCUAAAGUCUAAUUUUUAUAAAAUGUGAGUAUUUCAACAUUUGUACUCAAAUAUAUUUGCUAAGACGCUAAACUAAUAUUAAUAACUAUAAUUUAAGCGAAAAGUUUCAUUACAUAAAUAAAACAGUAAAUUUUGUAUUAUCUUUUGUUUGAUUGACAAAAAAGAUUCAUGAUUAUACAAAAUUAACAUUAGUUUAAAUAAUUACUGGCUAAACCCAGAAAGUUACUCCACAUGUGUCCGAUUCCCAGGAACAAGUUGAGAAGAAAUACCUUCUUGGUAAAACAUUUUGAGAGCUAGUCAAGAAAUCCUCAUUAACAAAAUACAAACUAUAGUCUGGGUAUCAAUCAACCAAGAUGAAUGAGUUAAACAUCAAUUGAUACAGUCCCAGUGUGACCAGGAGUUUAUAAAGGAAAUACUGUGAAAUCUUGUACUGAAGAUUUCUAUUAUCCAUUUAUUGUGAAAUAAUUAUUGAGUUGCUGGCUAUUGAGAUAUCUUAAAAAGAUUGCCCUCGCCUUGUGAUUGGAUAAUGAAGGUUUCAAUAAUAUACUAACAAAUACCUUUUUUUUUUAAAGCAAAUUUAAUCACAUCAAUAUUUUUUCGAAUUCAAUUUUAUAAAUCUAGUUUUUCAUUUGCCUUAUUCAUUUUAUCAAAAUAGAGCUUUAUAGAGCUCUAUAUAAAAUUGAUAAACCGAACGAUGUGGUAUUAGAAGUUUUUAAAUUGAUUAUUGAAAUAUUCAAAAUUUGAAAAAAAUACUUAUAGUCUCUUCCAGGAGCUAAUAGUCUUUCAUAUUGGUCGAUUUCAUCGCAUUUUCAUAUAUGAGACUGUUUAACGUAUAUGCUUGAAUUUGUGGAAGAAAUAGCAUAUUUACAAUUCCAAAGACAGUUUAUCAUGUCCUAUGGGAGUCCCAAACAAGUUUUAUAAAAAAAUAUAUGGAUAGUGUACUUAUAAAAUGAAUCUAUAAUAAUAUCAACUUUAACAAGGUUCAAACAUUCCUCGGGGUUUAAUUAGAAUAUAGUAUAUUUUUGAAAUUGAAAGAAAUAAAAAACCCAUUUCAAGAAUAUAAUUGAAAAUACACAAUUCUCUUUUAUAUUCCAUGCCACUGUACUAAAUAUUUUGCUUAUUGGACUAUAUUUAUGUAUUGGUUGCUGUGAUUGAUAUUAUGAUUGAUUGAUUUGAGUUAAUUAUAUGAGUAAUACUGAACGAAUCUAAUAACUUUAUUCAGGUAGUACAAGCCUCUAGAACUAUUUUUACUUCUCCUGGCUCUUCCUAAAACUAUUUCAAGUUCUUGUUUUUGAAGCAAUUGCUGAUUAUUUACUUCAAACCGUCUUUUCGUUCUUUAUUUAGAUUUUAUUGAGUUUCAUAAAUAUCUAUCAGCUCUUCUUCUAUCGCUUUGAAUUAGCGAUUUUUGAAGUUCUCUGGAGGUCCAACUAACUAAUAAAAAAUGUAAGAAAACAUUGUAUUGAAAUUCUUAGAAUCCUUGAAAAAUCGAGCUAUUAGGCUAUUAUAACAUGGAUAUAAAUUUUUUUGUUACCUGAUUAUACAUGCACAAACUUCUAAAAUAACCAACUAUAUCUUCUCUACUUCUCAUUGGGGAUUCCCGUAAAAUCAGAUACAUCAUCAUCAGAGACUUGACUAUCGAAUUUUGUCAACAUUUGGAUCUUUUGACGUAUAUUUCUGGGUUGAAAGCAAAUAAUGAACUGAGAGGGUAACAACAAUAGUUUUAAUUUCUAAUUUCAAAUGAAAAGUUUUGUUUAAUUUGUUUCAAUUUAUUUUAAUUGUCGUUCAUAUUAAUUAUUCUAUUUUUCAGUAACUAUUAUGAUAAGAAAAUAAGUUAUAGUACAAAAUUUGGAUGUUGAAAAAUAUCAUUUUAUAAAAAUUUGGUUUUAAGGAACACCAAAGACUUUCCCGUAAAUAAUGUGUAAUUCUAAUUUUACUUUAGUACUGAGUUCUGUUUCAUUUACAAAAAUUGAUAGCUAAUAUCAAAUUAAUAACAGAAGCAAUAAUAACAACUUUCUUACUAACUCGAACGAAAGCCAUUGAAGGAAAAACGUGAAAUAUCAAAAUAGAAAGUAUCAUUGAUCCUAAAAAUGGAAAUAUCAAUAAUUUAUUAAGGAAGUUGAACUAAGGCACGAAGUAUUAGAAGAGAGUAAGUCAAACAAGUGGUUUAUGUGUAACUAGAAAAGAUUUAUUCGCAAAAUGUACUUGCCAUACAACAAAUAAAGUGCCUUUUAAAACUGUAAAACUAACUUAUUGUUAGUAUUCAUUAUUUUAAAGUCCUCUCAACUCUAACAUAAUAUUGGAAUUACACUUUAUACAAGAUCCGAUACUUAAUUUAUCAGUUAGAAGUUGAUAUCUUCACAUAUUAGAUAGUACAUUUUAUAGUAAUGCAGUUUUGGCAUAGAUUCAACCUGAAUCUGAAAUCUGUACUUCCAGUCUUUAACAUUUUACCUUGCAACUUUGCUAAAUUAAACAUAUACAAGGCUUUGUGUGUAUUUUCAAUAUUUUUUUAGUCUUAAAAGUGAGAUUCCUAGAAUUGUGAUGUAAAUAUGUACAUUUGGAGUAUUGUACAGUUUUUUAUAUAGUGAAAAACCUCUAUGCAAUGUUGUAUAUAAAACUAAGUAAUCUAUUUAACAAUGUUAGAAUGUUUUAAGGAUAUUUUUUCAUAUCACAGCCAAAUUUAAUAGUUGUUUCCAUUUUUUUGAAUAAAACUUACAUUUUUGCUAGAUGUCUCCCAAAUAAUUGUAAUUUUUAUAUGUUUUAAUUGUCAGAAGAAUAGUAUCUUUUUUGAAACUAUUGAAUCCGAGGCUGUCACGAGCAUAACAAAAUAUUGUCAACGGGUCUAAUACCACAUUUUUCCUAUGAUCAUAAUGCUUUUAACAUAAACUAAUAAAUCUAAAUAAUAAAUUACAACACCUCAAACUAAUGAAAUUCUAUUAACUUUUUAACUUUAUAACAUAUUUAAAAAAUCAUUUUUUUAUAGAAAUAACUCCUGUCAUUAUUUAUUGAUAAUUUAAAUCGUUAAAACAAUAUAUACGAGGGCAGAAAGAGAAAAUAAAAAAGUCACUUCUUCUUUAACCGGCGCUACUGUCCUUUGAGAACCAGGCCCUUCUUAACAAUCAACUGCCAAUCCUUUCUGUUCUGAACAUGGUGCCUCCAAUGUCGAACCCAUAGCUGGAUCAAGUCCGCCUCAACUUCUCCAAUCAUCGGAGGCGCAGUCUUGUUCUCCAGGAACUCCAUACAUGGCUCUGCGCGAGUAUUGAUCAGAGGGCAUGUCCCAGCCACCUCAAACGCGCCCCCCGGAUGAAUGCCACCAAAUCUGACUCGCCAUACAUUUGUUGUUAUAGUACAUUUCUCGCAUCCGUAUGCGAUUACAGGACGUAUAAUUGUCUUGUAAAUUGUGAGCUUUGACUUCGUGAGAGUCCUCUAAACUUGAGCGCUCUCGUGACUACCCGAAAAUACUACUCUGUUUCCGGCAGCAACUCUUGUCUUGAUCGGAAGCGAUGUUCUCUGACUUGGAGAUCGGGGUUUUCCUUGAGGUUCUCAUGUACAUAUUCAUGGAUUUUGAGUCCUCUUGCUUCACCUACUCGCUCGAACUCCUCGACCGCUCCCGAAAAAACUGAAGUGGUUCGUGCCAUGAUGUCAACAUCAUUCACAUAGGCGAGGCGCUGUGUGAGCCUAUUGCAAAUAGUUCCUCCAAGUGAAUUGAACAGUGUUGUCGCUAGUGUAUCACCUAACACAAGCCUGUGUUUACAGUAAAAAUUCUAAUCAUUGUCAUUCCAACUAUACACACCAGCUUCUUUGGGACGCCAAACCCCAUCAGGUCCUCAUACAGCUGGUUUCUGAGGAAGUCGAUGAAGAGGUUGUGAAGAUCGACAGAAAGUGAAAAUACAAAUGAACUUUGUCACUAGAAAAGAAAAUUUAAGUUAAGAUAAUUUCAUUUGUGCCGUAAAUCACUGAAGGAGUUCUUUUAAAAAGUGAGGGUUGUAGAAAAAAUCUAUUUUGUAUUAUAAUUAUUUAUAUUUGUUUAAAAAAUUAUUGGGAAGACACUUAGAAUUAUAAAAUCAAAUGUAAAAACAUAGACAGUCAUAGCAACAAGAGUAUUUCAGUAUUAUAUUCCUUAAGACCAAUUCUUGUCUAGUGUUAACCAAAAUAACAACUUUCUUUGGUUACUGAAAGGGUACUAAAUUGUUUUCUCAUUACAAUUUCUUAAUUCUUCAACCUGUUUGUAUACAUGUUCUUAUUUUUAGGUAUGAUAUUUGUUUUUCCUAUAGCAGAAACAUAUUUUUUUCGUUGAACCAACUCUAACAUUAAUAGGAAAACGAUAAACUAUUCCCCCAUAAACUAAUUAUUGUACAGAAAGACUCUACUUCUUUUAGUAAUACAAAUGGUAGUACCUCUAUUGGUAAUGAUUUGCUUGAUAUAGUUACAGCGGCGUAGUUAGGUAUUGGCGAUAGGGGCCCCACAGAACACAUAGGGGUGCAAAAAUGCAAACAAAACACAAAAAGUUGAUGAAUUUAUUACCAAAGUACCUAUAAGAGUACAAAUAACCUCUUUAAUAACAAGUUCUAUGGAAUAAACACGGAGUGAAUGGUAGUAAUCAAAAAGCAGGCGAAAACAACUGUGGUAAAGAAUAUUAAAGACUUAUAUAUUACAUUUGGAGCAUCUAGAAUAUCAACUUCAAAUUCGUCUGUCUUCUCCACUUGUGGUCUGAAAUAUUGGUUUCCAUGGACUGCACAAACAGCUGUUGCAAAGAAAAGACAUAUUUUUAUAUGCUGCAACAAAAAAAAAGUGCUUUAAGCAUGAAAGUCCAAAAAAGGCAUAAACAGGGAUGGAAGACAUCAUAGCGCCAAAUCUGUAGAGACAAGAAAUUGGAGUUAGCUGUUGCUUGCAUGAAAAACGUAUUAAACUUAACCGUGAAGUGACUUUAGAUUGGGAAAAGCGAAAAAUUUUUAACGGGAAUAUUUUUGUGUGUAUGUGUAUGUCUGACUGUUGAAAUGACGACCAGAUCUUGCUAAUAACUUUCAGUUUCUGGCAGAUUCUUAAUUGAAAAACCAAUAUUUAGGUAUAUUGGAAAAUUGUGCAAAAUACUUUGGCCUAAAGUACAUUAAGAUGUGGAUAGUUACGAAUUGUUGAAAGAAAUCGGCAUGAUUGAGAUCAUUGAGAACAUUCAGUCAGCUUCAAAUUUGGAUAUUCUAGAAACUGUACAUGCUUAUCAAGUACAAGAUGCGUAUACAAAUAUCGAGAAAAGUUUGUGGAUUUUUCUCACUAUUCCAGUGAACAUCGGAAGCUACGAACGUAGCUUUAGAAAAUUGGAGCUUGAACUACCUCCGUUCACAAAAAGACCCACUAUGCGUCUAGAAGUCCAGUCACUAGUCGUAUUUCGAGCCUGUUUAGUUGGAGCAGUUGUUUGGUGUGGGUUGAAUGCCAGAUGUCUCUGUCCAUCCCUGCCGAGCCCGCCUUGCGAGUUGAUCGUUGAGAAACGCUAUAGCAACGCUUUUAACCACACCAAGGAUGGGUUCUGGGCCCAUCGGUGAAUUUGCCGAUCUCAAUCUAGCGAAUAAAUCCGCACCCAAACAACCUGGCUCUUGCAACAUUCACUCACCAGAUUCUGUAAGGACUCUACGCACUCCAACACAGGCAUAUAGCACACCUUUUCAGCCGUUUUGGCAUGUAUAGCAACUCUACUGUGUUCCCGUGGCGUCGAUUGAGUAUCGCGCAUCCGCAUUCUAUCACAGCGAAUACCUCGGCCUGGAAGACGGUGGCGUGUUUCCCAAGCGAACUGGACCCCCCUUUUGCUUGUAGGUAAACCUUCCGGGGAGGCAGUACAAUUCGCCAAUUACGUCGUAUAUUCUAGCUACGUUCCUGUAAACUUUUACGAAUACUAAAAAAAUAUUUUUACAUAAUUUUGACAUGUCUCAUUAUUUCCAACUACUACGAAUACAUAGAAUUCACAAUGGAUUUCUUUUAACUAGAAUUGAAUCAUACUGUAUGAUAAAAACAGUAUAACGAUUUUUAUGUAUUUAUUUUUAUAAAUAUAUACAAACAGUUUAGUACCCUUGAAAUUGUUUACUAUUGUGUAAGUACCUGAAUUAAUGAUUUUUGUCAUAUUUUUUUAUGGGAUUGGUAUGUAUGAUAGCAGUUUUUGUUUGCAUAAACAAUCAAAAUAGUAGACAAUAACAUGUAGAUACGUCCAAAAAUUGAAUUUGACUAUGUAAUUACUAUAUUAUUGUUUUAAUGUAAUUUUAGUUUUCUUAUUAGUUAAAAGUUCUAAAAUUGUAUUUAAUGUAUUUGUAUUGGUUUUAAUUGUUGAUAAUAUAUUUUAAAUACAGGAUUAUCAUUGUUUAUCACGACUUCUAAUUUUUCCGUGAAUUCGGUCUCGAGUUUGUUUGUCAACUCAAAAUAUUACAUGCUGUAUCAUUUUCAGGAAAAAUUCAGAUUUUCCUAUAAUAAAAUCGGAAACGAACAAAUUUAUGUAAAACAGAAGUUUGGAAUUCCAGUUUUCAUAAACUAAUAAACUGGAUUUAAUAUGAAUUCGCAGGAUAACAAGUGUCAACCUUAUUAUUGUAAUGAAGUCAAAUACAUUUUAAUUUCUGCCAUUGGGAGACGUUCUAGAUAAAUAACAUGAGAUACAAUCCAAAAAUUAAUUGAUAAUGGUAAUUUUUUUGAGUACCAAUCUCCUAUAACCUUGACCUUUGAAUAUGUCAUUUCUAGGCCCAUUCUGAGCAUGUCUAUAUAUAUUUAUAUAGGGUGUUCAUGCCUCCUUCACAUUUGUUUUUUAUAACUUUUUUUUACUAUGCUCUUGCUUUUAUAACUUCAGCAUACUGUUUCCAUCCGUCAAGCAGGUACGAAACUAACCUAACCUAUUUUUUAGAGUAAAACUGUCCAGUCGUUAGGAUCCAUUAGGGUACUUAUUUUUUUCUUAUUUCUCUUGCAGUGUCUCAUCGCGAGCGCGCCUCCAUUUUCACAUAUUUAUUAUUAACAUUUUACCCCCUACCACAUAUCACAGCUGGAAUUUAUGGAACCGUUAGUGAUAUUCAUAGUGAACACACUGUUUACACCACCACUCACAAUUAAACUGUCUGACGCGCGUUUCGAUAACAAAGUUAUCGUCUUCAGAGACUGAAGGUAUACGCGCGUCAGACAGUGUAAUUGUGAGUGUUGGUAUAAACAGUGUGUUCAAUACAUAUCAUAGGAGAGUUGUACCCUAAAAGACGGAAUUCUCAAAAUUUCUUCGAUAGAACAAAUAGUAACUAUUAUUUACUCAGGUUCUACGGAAAUAUAGCUUUUAAAGCAAAUUAUAUACAGUAGGUUUUCCACAACAAAGUUAUUUAAACCAGUCUUAUAAUUUUUUUAUAAAAUAUAAAUGAUUACUCAUUACAAUAAUAUGUAGUGUUAUAAUUUUUAUGAAAUAAUUUUCCAUUGAUCAAAUAAAAAAUACUAUCAUACUUAAAUGGAACGAAAUAUCGAUUAUCAUUCAUUCGAUAACCGAAUUAUAUAUUUUAUAUUAGAUGAAAUUAACGGAAAACUAAAGUUUUGUAAUAUUAUUUUUUCAUUUUAACGUUUGACUAUAUUUUUGACUUUUGCACAUAACAUAAGAAAAUUUAGUAAAGCUAAUCGAAAUAUGUUACCUAAAAAUAUUUUUUUUUAUUUACUUUGGACCUUUUUUAAUAUAUAAUAUUCCUCAACGAGCUUGAUCGUUUUUUUUUUCUUAAUUUCUUCUUUUCUUUUUGUACACACUAAGCUACUCAUUUGAAACUACUUACUAACGUUAAUCACCUAUUAGUUUUCGUUGAGUCACUACCAAUUUUAUUCAAUAUGCCAAUAUAAGUUCCAUUGAAUAAUAGUGGUAGUGACUCAACGGCACUAGUUAGUGAUUAACGCCAGUAACUAGUUUCAAAGAAGUAGCUCCGUGUGUAGUAGGCCUUACCGAAAUCGCAAUAAUUAUGAAAACAUACCCACUUAACGGAAAUAAUUUGAAGAUGAAAUAAUUUUAUUUUUUGUAAUUAUCCUGCAUUUUCUGCCUUGGGGCCAUUAUAAAGAGAAGGGUAGGUUUGUUAUUCGUUCAUUGGUAAGAAGUGAUCCGAUUCCUUGGUCUAAUCUACCCACUCCUCACAACGGAUCACCCCUUUCUCUUGGUUGAUUCCAAGGCCUCAAUCUCCCUACUCCUCAGAAUUACAUCGAGGAAAUGAGGAGUUGAAAUAAAAAAAUAGAAAAUAAAAAUAAUAUGCUUACCAACUAGAACACUGUUGACACUAACACAAUCACUGCUGGUCAUGAGUUAGCUCAAGGGAGAAGGCAGAUUGUAGCCUUGGAAUCAACCAAAAAAGAGUGAUUCGUUGCAUGGUGUAGGCAGAUUGAGACCAUGGAAUCGGAUCACUUACCAAUAAACGAAUAACCACCCUGUUCAACCCGUGAACCUAGUUCUUUUGUUCAUAUAUAUACCGGUAACUUUAACAGGUUACCAUAUGUAUCAUAAGUUGGUAAUCAGUUUAAAAUGAAUGUGCGAAAUUUAUAAAAUAUAUUUAUUGAAUUGAAUUUCACUGAAGACACCAUUUUGAUAUUGUGUGGUUUGUUUUAAAAGGCAAUUUGAAUGUUAAAGUUCCUUUAGUGCAAAACAUUUGUCAUCUUCAAUAUUUGAAAUAUCUUGCAUUAAGGGUGUCUAGUAUUUUUAUAAUGUGAUACAUUUUAUAUGUUAGAGGUUUUAUUUCUGUUUUAUUUUUAGAAACCAUGAUAUUUAUAUAAUCAUAUAAUUAAAACUAUUUAGUCUUGUAGCUAAGAUUAUAUCAUUAGACAAGAAAUUUGUCUACAUCACAGUUUUCACAUUCCACGUGUUAUCCUGAGUUCCCGCAAAUAUGUCUGUAGAAAAUUUCACACACCAUGUGCUUGCUUUUGUCAAAUUUCAUAAAUUCUUCAACAGUAGAAGUAUAUUGACAAUAAUAUUCAUCUAAGUUAGUCUUCAAUAAUAAAUUUCGUUGUUGAGUAUUGUAUUGUUGUAUAUUGAGUAAUCUCUAACGGAACAUAGACAAAGCUGUAACAUAGUUUUGAGCAUAUAUGUAGUACUUCUAUAUGGACAGUUUUAUAUAAGUGGAAACUAUUCCGAUUAAGGAAGAUAGAAUGGCAACGAUUUCUCUAUCAUCCGAGGCUCCAGCUCGGUUCUGCGGAUUAUCAAGCAUGCGCGGUAUAGAUAAAGUGUCCCGAACGAGAGAGAAAAUGAAUAUUUUCAGCACCGUAACGUAGGGACGUUUUUUCCCAUACUAACUGUCCAUAUGGUUUUGAGACACGCCAACCUAACCAUCAAGUAAAGUAAAGAAUUUGACAAAACAGUAUUACGAUAAGUGUGUGAAGUUUCUUUUAUAUAUAUUGCUUAAUCAAAUCGUGUAUUGUUUUAAUAAUAUUAUUUCUUAUUGAGAAUAUUUUAGCCAUAUAAUGUUUUAUCGCUGGACAGAUAAAAUUUUUGUAUCUAGAUAAAUUUGGUUUUAUUGUAAAACCUCGAAUAAAUCACAUUUUAA